UCAUUCCCAUUUCGAGUGCAAGUCGUGAGCGGUCGUUUUCUCUCUCGCAUCAGCAAAGCAAAGGCAGAAACUUAACUCAAACUGUUGUGCGCGCAUGCGUCUCGUCUCAGAAAAACCUGCAAUCAGAAAUUCGAAUCGUGAAAAUCCUUUUCUGCCAUACCAAAAAGCCGGACAAAGCAAAGCGUUUCAAUUGCCUUCUGCCUAACUGAGCAGGGUGAAACCAUAAAGGAAAAUACAAAUUAAUUACCGCCCUGACCGUGAUUUGUUUACGUUUUUUUCUACAAUUUUUUUUUGCAUUGUGUGAGUGUGAGAAGUAAAAUUGCUGGCCAAAAUUCCAGAUUCCCAGAUAUUCGAAAUUCGAAUUGGCGAAGUGAAGGGUGUGACAGACGCACACACACGCACACGAACGCAUUAAAAAACACCGGCUAAAAGGUAGACGAAAAGGAGACGAGAGAGCGAGUGCUAAAUAGAAAACGCUAAAAACAGGAUAAUAACCAACAAACUAAUACUAUAAAACGAGCGACUAAGUGACAUCUCGCCGAGAAACAACAACAACAGCUUCGCCAGCGGCAGCAGAAACAACAACAGCAACUAGCGGCGGCAGAACGAAAGCAGCGCAGCAGCAGCGAAGAGCCAAAAAGAAGGAGCAGCAAAGAAACCGCAGAGUUCGCACCGUUCGUUUUUCCUCCAGAAGAGCCGGAAUCCGGAGACAGCCCCAAGAUUGCUCCCAUCAGCACCAUGAACGGCCAGGGCUGCGAGCUGGGCCACAGCAACGGGGACAUCAUCUCACAGAACCAACAGAAGGGCUGGUGGACCAUCGGGCUGAUCAAUGGCCAGCACAAGUACAUGACCGCCGAGACCUUCGGGUUCAAGCUCAACGCCAACGGCGCCAGUCUGAAGAAGAAGCAGCUGUGGACCCUCGAACCCUCGAACACCGGUGAAAGUAUUAUCUACUUACGAUCUCAUCUGAACAAGUACCUAUCGGUCGAUCAGUUUGGCAACGUGCUCUGCGAGAGCGAGGAACGGGACGCCGGCAGCCGCUUCCAGAUCAGCAUCAGCGAGGACGGCAGCGGCCGCUGGGCGCUGAAGAACGAGUCGCGCGGCUACUUCCUCGGCGGAACGCCGGACAAACUGGUGUGCACGGCCAAGACGCCCGGCGCCAGUGAGUUCUGGACGGUUCAUUUGGCGGCCAGGCCGCAGGUCAAUCUGCGCUCGAUCGGACGCAAGCGGUUCGCCCAUCUCUCCGAGUCGCAGGACGAGAUCCAUGUCGAUGCCAACAUUCCGUGGGGCGAGGACACGCUCUUCACCCUCGAAUUCCGGGCCGAGGAGGGCGGUCGCUAUGCUCUGCACACGUGCAACAACAAAUAUCUGAAUGCCAAUGGCAAGCUGCAGGUGGUGUGCAACGAGGAUUGCCUGUUCAGUGCCGAGUACCAUGGCGGCCACCUGGCGCUCCGUGAUCGCCAGGGCCAGUACUUGUCGCCCAUUGGAUCGAAGGCGGUGCUCAAGUCGCGCUCGUCGUCGGUGACGCGGGACGAGCUCUUCUCGCUGGAGGAUUCGCUGCCGCAGGCCUCCUUCAUUGCCGGCCUCAAUUUGCGCUACGUGAGCGUCAAGCAGGGCGUCGAUGUGACCGCCAACCAGGACGAGGUCGGCGAGAACGAGACGUUCCAGCUGGAGUACGAUUGGUCGGCGCACCGCUGGGCACUGCGCACCACCCAGGAUCGCUACUGGUGCCUCUCGGCGGGCGGCGGCAUCCAGGCCACUGGGAAUCGGCGCUGUGCCGACGCCCUCUUCGAACUGAUUUGGCACGGCGAUGGGUCGCUCUCGUUCCGGGCCAACAAUGGCAAGUUCCUGGCCACCAAGCGGUCAGGGCAUCUGUUCGCCACCUCCGAGUCCAUCGAGGAGAUAGCCAAGUUCUACUUCUACUUGAUCAAUCGACCCAUUCUCGUGCUGAAGUGCGAGCAGGGAUUCGUGGGCUACCGCACGCCCGGCAACCUGAAGCUGGAGUGCAACAAGGCCACCUACGAGACCAUCCUGGUGGAGCGGGCCCAGAAGGGACUGGUGCACCUGAAGGCGCACAGCGGCAAGUACUGGCGCAUCGAGGGCGAGAGCAUCUCGGUGGACGCCGAUGCGCCCAGCGAUGGGUUCUUCCUCGAGCUCCGCGAGCCGACCAGGAUCUGCAUAAGAUCGCAACAGGGCAAGUAUCUGGGCGCCACGAAGAACGGGGCGUUCAAGCUGCUGGAUGACGGCACCGACUCGGCCACCCAGUGGGAGUUCUAGGGCGGGACCACGCCCCCUUCCACGUCAUCAUCAGUAUCACAAUCACACACACACUUCCCAUCCGAGCGGGGAUUCCCUAAUAAUUAUCGAUCCGCAGCUGAAGCGCUGAGAAAAGUCGCACAAGAAUUUGAUAUCCUAAACAACAAUUGCAACUUGAAAAACAAAAAAAUACAUUAUGAAAAUACAGAGAGGAGACAAGAAAACUCGAGUGAAUGGAAUAUGAAGAAAAUACUUAUAUAUUUAUAUAUAAAGAUCUAUACAUAGAGAGAGAUUUUUUUUAAACAACCUAUUUAGCUUUUUAUACGUUUUAUACGAUGAGAAUAUCUACAAAACGAGAACAACAAAUUUUUUAGCGUAGACAAACAAAACUUCUGUCGCGAGUCCUUCCGUUUUAUCAAAUAUAUCAGCAACUAAGCCAGCAAAAAAGAAAUGAAAGACAUAAUGGUUAUACAAGCACAUCAUAUAUACACCUAUAUAUACAUAUUCGAUUCGUAAAGCUUAACGGAAAUACAACCGGAAACAAAAAAAAAAAAAGAAAAGAA